CGGCUCAGUGAGGUCACACCUUCAGUGCGCAUGCGUGAGAGGUCGUGCUCGUCUCGCCCACAGUGCGUGCUCCUGCAGUGUGUGCGUGCGGUGUGCUCGUGCUCGCUGCUCGUCCUCAUCAACAACAACAUUAACCCCAACCGGACUGAGAGUCUCCGGUCCCGGUGCCCUCUGGACCGUCAGGAGCGUCUGGACCACCGGAGAGGAGGAGAGAUGGCGGAGACGGUGAAGUACGUGGACGACGAGCAUAAGAGCAUCUUCCUGAAGCUGCUGAACGAGCAGCGGCUGGAGGGCGAACACUGUGACAUCGCCGUGGUGGUCGAAGACGUCAAGUUCCGCGCUCACCGCUGUGUGCUCGCCGCCUGCUCCAACUACUUCAAAAAACUCUUCAAAAAACACGAGGUGGACAACUCCUCCGUGAUUGAGAUCGACUUCAUCCGCUCUGACAUCUUUGAGGAGGUGUUGAACUACAUGUACACCGCCAAGAUCUCCGUGAAGAAGAGAGACGUCAACCUCAUGAUGUCAUCAGGACAGAUACUCGGCAUCCGCUUCCUCGACAAACUCUGCUCUCAGAAACGAGACGUGUCAUCAGAGGACAAAGACAAGUUUCCGUAUGACAUCGUAAAGAUGGCGCUGCCGCCCGAGGCUCAGCUUGCCGCUGACGCUGAGGUGCUCGGGGAGCACGACGACACGCCCACCACAGAUGACCUCGUUGAAGGGUCGGCCAAUCAGGAGCUAGAUAAGUCCCCCAGUGCAGCGCUGCGUGUCCAGGAAGCCAUCCUGAAAGAACUGACCAAUGAGGACGUACACAAGGUGACCUGCUACGACCAGGAUGUGGUGACAGAGAUGGAGGCGGAGCCUAAAGAGCUGGGGGCGGAGCACCACGCCACCCAAACGCUGACGUUUGCAGACAGUAUUGGGGAGGUGAAGGACGAGCAGCCGCCCGGCUGGUCGACGGCAACGACCGACAUGAAGUUUGAAUACCUGCUGUAUGGACACCGAGACCAGCUCGGCUGCCAGGUGUGUGGGAAGACCUUCCUGGACGAGAGCAGACUCAGGAAACAUGAGAAACUUCAUUCAGCAGAGCGCCCGUUCGCAUGUGAGAUCUGCACCAAAGCUUUCACCACCCACGCUCACCUGAAAGAACACCUGAAGAUCCACACGGGCUUCAAACCGUACAGGUGUGACGUUUGUGGGAAGUCGUUCAUUCGAGCUCCAGACCUGAAAAAACAUGAACGUGUUCACAGCAACGAGAGGCCGUUCGCCUGCCAGAUGUGUGACAAGGCGUUUAAACACAAGUCUCACCUGAAGGAUCAUGAGAGGAGACACAGAGGAGAGAAACCCUUCGUCUGUCCGUCCUGCACCAAGGCCUUCGCCAAGGCGUCGGAUCUGAAGCGUCAUGAGAACAACAUGCACAGUGAGAGGAAGCAGCUGAACCCGCUGCAGAGCGACACGGAGACGCUGCAGGCUGCCGCCAUGGCUGCUGAGGAGCAACAUCUGGACAGCAUCAGCUGCUCCUAACACCUGGACAGCAUCAGCUGCUCCCAACAUCUGGACAGCAUCAGCUGCUCCUAACACCUGGACAGCAUCAGCUGCUCCUAACAUCUGGACAGCAUCAGCUGCUCCCAACAUCUGGACAGCAUCAGCUGCUCCUAACACCUGGACAGCAUCAGCUGCUCCCAACAUCUGGACAGCAUCAGCUGCUCCUAACACCUGGACAGCAUCAGCUGCUCCUAACACCUGGACAGCAUCAGCUGCUCCUAACAUCUGGAGUGUCAGUGUAUUAACAGUAUUUCCAGUGGUGUGUUUUCUUGGUUCUUGUGUGUUGAAGGAAUCAGGUGUUUCCAGCUGUGAAGCAGUGACCAUGAACUGACUUUAACCUGGACUGAUGACCUCAUGGAUCACAUGAUGAUCACGUGAUGAUCAUGGUAGACCUGCCGUCUCCUCUGGCUCCCUGUGUGUGUGUGUGUGUGUGUGUGUGUGUGUGUGUGUGUGUGUGUGUGUGUGUGUGUGUGUGUGUGUGUGUGUGUCUGUGUGUGUGUCUGUGUGUGUGUGUGUGUGUGUGUCUGUGUGUGUGUGU